AUGUCUUCGGGGGCGUUACGACGCCUCGGCUUACCGUCGGGCUCGUGCGGAUCAUCGUCGCUGUCCUGCGACACGUGUUCGUACGCUGAGUCCGACGACGGUGGGAUCGACACAGACGCGUACAGCGACUCGGCCGUCAGCACGUGCGUGAGCUUGUCCUCGGGCUUGUCGUCCUUGUCGUCCUUGUCUUUUUCAUUGGAUUCCGCCUCUUGGGCGUCAGCCACAUUGGCACCAGCAGAGCCGGAAGACGCCGACACCUCGUCAGCCUCUGAAGCCUCUGAGGUGGGUUCACGUACAAACUCCUCCACAGCAGUCAACUCGUCAGCGUCGACAAAGUUGUUGAAGUUGCCAUGCUCAUCCAGAACGGUUUUGAGCUCCGGGUGGGUGACCCAGUCCGAGCCGUUCAAAACGUACUUGAAGACAAUUCUCUCGCGCGCGGGAAGCUUGACCACGGCUUCAAAGUUGCCCGAGGAAGAAGGCGUCAAAACGCCGUCCUUUUGUGCCCAGUCAUCAAAGCUUCCCGUCGCAACCACGGACUCUAUUCCAGGAGAAGCGGGCCUAACCGUUAGUAGGGACACACAAGUCAUUUGCAAGAGACAUACCAGGUGA